AAUUGUGUAGGUUUACACAAUUUACUGUCGUCAUAGGCACACAAACACCCCAUCAGAAAUUAUCUGUAAAUUCUGGGUGUUACUUUUUUUAUUCCUAUUUUUGAGGUCUUGGUCGGUUAUUGUCAUUGUGUUUCACUCUGUUCCCCUUCGGCGACUGUUAAGCCGAAAUCGAUCACCUGCAGACCAUGAGCUCCAGCAAUAUUAAGCCCAGUACCUCAACCAAGGUCGGCCAGAGCGCAUACCCAGGAGUUGCGCCAAACAAUCAAUCAAUUUUGCUUGAAAAGCUAAACGUUCGAAGAUCUACGCCAGACUCUGAAGCCUUAGCAAGUUCAGACGACGAACCAGAUCCUCAUCGACAAGAAGCACAGCGACCACAAGUACAGCCUCAGAAGCCCGUACGCCGUGCCUCUUGGCUGAAUGAUACAUCACAAGCUACGUUGCCUCAUCCAAGGAAAGGUUCAUUCGCGAGCAGUUCCAUGUCACCAACAGCUUCCCAUCCCAGCACCCCAUCAGCCGAAACAGGUGCAACUGCUUGGGGUGCUCACACUACUUCUUCGGCAGCGAUGGGAAGGGGACACCAAGGACCGCCGUCUUUCCCAUGGGGAACAGGCAUUUGGAAUACAGAGCGUAAGGAGCCGCCUUCUCGAUUGACCGAAGUUCUCCCAUCACCGACGUCUACUGUCCCUAGUGGCGCUGGUUUCUUCGGUGAAGAUAGUUCGUUGUCACAGACUUCUCCCACUCCGCGAGAGCAAAAUCCUAAUCCACAAAUCCCGUUUGCCAUUCCCUUACACCCAACUCCGAAGACAUACCGCUCGCAGUCAUACUCAGUGGGUCAACUAGACCCAGAUACGACGACACCGACGAUGCCUACGCCCUCAGUACAUUCGGGGAGACCGCGUGCUCUUGGGCAUCCCGGAUUGCAGCACAGACCUUCGCGCCCGAGUAUGUUAAGUGAGAUGUCUAGCGAAGGUGCGAUGUUGGGUAAAGUAAAAGAAGUUGAGGAUGACGAUGAUGAGAGUGCCAGCGAUUCGGCCCAAGCAUCUCACCAGCAGCAAAGUGCUGAAGCGAAGACGAUAGAGUUGCUCACUCGCGAGAACGCCAUGCUGAGACAGCAGCAGCAGCAGCAGCAAUACCACAACUCCCGAAUUAGACCCCGUGCUUCAACUGCUGCUACAUACGGAUUAGGUAACGGAUAUGGUGUCCGCGGGCCCGUUCCUGAAGAGUCUGAUUUUGCGAUUGAUGAGUUGGAUGAAGCUGGAGAGGGUGCGGACAGCGCUUCGAAACGAGGAUUAGGAAGGCGCAUGAGCGAGUACGCGUCUACGUCUGCGGCUUUCCGUUCCCCUUACCCCCUAGAGAACAGGAAGCUGGAGAAUGUUAAGAAGGCCUAUUGGCAGAGUUCGCUAGGGUUUGGUGGGUUAAGUGAAAUUUCGCAGAGCCGUAGGCAUUCGUUUGCCGAUGUGCCUACUCGACAAGGAUCAAUCGGUUCUAUUGGUGAGGGUGUUUCGCUUCAUGACACAACGUCCGCAGAGGGAGCACAAUCCCACUCCCAAGAUUUUGGUGGGUUCCCCGAUGGUGCUAACUUUCAAACUACUAGUCCUGUAUCCUAUUACUCAGGUGGGGGUAAUGCUCCCAAUGCUCACCAAGCCCUUGCGUCCGCUUACGGUAAUCCGUAUCAAUCGCCCUACGGACUACCUUCGACCUUUGGCAAUCGCGCACCGUCACCUCACAGGAGUAUGUACGGAAUGAGCCAGCCCAGGCAUAACCAGCUGCUGCAUAUCGUACUAUUUAAGUGUUCCCGGGCCGAUGUAUUUUACAUCCAAGAAGGCACUGGUCUUACAGUGAAACCUGGAGAUCUCGUCAUAGUAGAAGCGGAUCGAGGAACUGAUCUUGGAACCGUGGCUCGUGACAACGUGGACUGGCAAGCAGCUAAAGAACUGAAGGAGCAUUACACUGAAGAGCACUAUAAGUGGUUGAUGAUGUACUCCCAAAAUGCCGCGGCCGCCCAGGAAGGGACCGGGGCUGGUUUGAUGGCUGCGUCCAACGGUCUUCAAGGCAGCGCAAUUGGCGGAAUGGGGCCACCAAGCCAGCAUCAUAUGCAAGAAUCAAACGCGGGCGAACUAAAGCCGAAGCUCAUCAAGCGCUUAGCACAGAGUCACGAGAUUCACAAUCUUCGAGAUAAAGAAGGAAACGAAGCCAAGGCAAAGCGCAUGUGUAUGCAAAAGGUUAAGGAGCAUGGCCUAAACAUGGAGAUUUUGGAUGCUGAGUUCCAGAUGGACUGGAAGAAACUAACAUUUUACUAUUUCGCCGACUCAUAUAUCAACUUCAACUCGCUUGUCACCGAUCUUUUCAAAAUAUACAAGACGCGGAUUUGGAUGUCUGCUAUUAAUCCUGCCUCAUUCGCCAGCCCGACCCUAGGACUGCAGGCGCCCAGCGGCAUCGGUCCAGGCGCUGUCGGACUUGGAAGAGGAAGUGGAUCCGCCAACACAGAACGAAGAUCCAAUCCACCUCAGGACUCACAAAGUGCCUUCGCCAAUCCAGGUGCUGCAGGUCGACCUUUUCAGCCAUCUUUCAACCCGCCGUUCGGGGGCCCAGAUCGUCCUUCAGUACCUAGUUCUGGAUACCCCCCAACCGGUUUCCCAUAUUCCGCGUAUGGUGCGUUCAGCAGUGCCUCGAGGUCUGGCGCAGUACCAUACGUCCCGAAUAUGAUGCAAGGAAUGGAGGCGUACCCCAGCGGCUUCUCCCAGCCUGGGGAAUUCCCUCCAAGUAUGCGAACACGCUAUCCGAGUCCCCACACGGCUCCUUCCCCUCACGAUCAGUCGGUGCCUAACAUGACAGGGCAGAACGAAUGGGUUGGGGCGUUUCAGGGGCUCUCUCUAAACUCCCGCUGAAGGCAAAGAAUCUACGGGUAGGAUUCAUUCACUUUCUCACGUCCUUUGAGAAACCUCUCUCUCUCUCUACUCAUGAACCUGGAGAGAAACUUCAGAUUCGUUAA